AUGCGUCGCCGGAAUUCCGCGUUUCCAACGUUCGCCUCUGAAGCGGCGAGGGAGGCGGCCUUGAGGGAAGCAUGGUGGAAUAAACCGAUCUCAGAGGACGUCCAGAAGUGGAUGAAGACAUGGGACACCCAAGACGAGCAACCUGCUGGGGAAGGGACGAAAGGGGAGGAACCAACUGGGGAGGGCCAAGCGACGCGAAAAAAUGGAUGGGGAUCCGUUGAAAAAGGGGGAAAUGAGGAAGCAUCGGGGAAGUUUCAGCUGCUGUGUAGAGCGGACAUGGUUCACUAUCUAGACGUGCGAGACGGCUGGGAGAUAGAGCAAUGCGAGUGUUUCUUCGACCGCGCCGUCAGCUACCGAGCGCAGCGCGCUCUCAACAUGAUGUCCCUCGAAGAUUUCCGCUUCCACCUGCACACCCAGUUGCCUCCCUCCGUCCCUGCUGCGGCGCCGAACCGGAAAUCAAGGGCCAUUCACGAGUUCGCCUCGCAGAUACCUGUGGAGAUGCUGGGUGGGAGAGGGGGUGCGCCGACUAACAUUCAGUUUCAUUGGAAGUGCAAGAGGGCGCCGUUUGUUUGCGCGGAGGCGAUGCUUCUCGAGUGGAUGGCUGAGCCUCAUGUGGGCGUGCUCAUGGAUCUGGGGAGGAUCAGAUUCCGCCUGCCUGCUAUCGUGGGAGCCGGAGAUGCUUCUAACGAGGCCUCUACUUCUUCUGCUCCCGCUGCUGGCCCUGCUGCCGCUGCUGCUGUUGCUCCAGCUGUUGCGUGGUCCAGUUGCUGGCGCUGCAGCAGUUGCUGGGCUGCCUACCGCCGUGCUGUCAGCUUCGCUGCCUUCCUCGCGCUUGUAGCAAGAUGGCCCCGGUUCGUGACUCUAUGGAGGGCUCACAUGGACUCGCACGACGCGUUUUUUCCAGCCCCUGUGGGCGAGCUAGGGGCGGGAAGGCAGCAAGAGGACGAUUCUUUCGCCUCCGUGCUGGUGCAGGUGCUGGGGUUGAAGGAGAGUGGUGAUCUGCAGGAAGGGUUUGGUGUUCUCAUGCAGAAUCUGCUAUCUGGUGGGCUGGAGAAGGCGUACGCUGAAGAGAGAGGAAGGGGGAGAGCAGGAGGGCAGGAUGCAAGAGGUAGGGGUAUGGGUCAAAUGGGGCAUGGUGGGGACACAUGGUGGGUUGGGGGGGGAAGGGUUGCUAGAGAGGUCGUGAUAUUUCCGCAGCUGGGAAGCCCUGAAGAGUCAUCGGGGCGAGAUGGGGGCAGCGGAAGAGGCAUGGAGGAGGAAUUAUAUGGGAUGAUGGGCAGCGCGUGGGGAGGGGUGAGACGCGAAGAGGUGACAGGUAUGGUGAGCCUAGACAGAGGAGCAGCAAUGGAUAGCUUUCUGAGUGCGGUGGGUGGCGGGGGCGGGGGUGGGGGAAGGGGGAGGAGGGGUGUGGGGAAUCAGGGAGAUGCGAUGUUGGAGUGGAUGGGUGAGGGGACUGAGGCUGAGGAUGGGGGGAGUGGAGGGGAAUGGGGAGGCAGCGGUGGGGAAAUGGUGGGUGAGGGGGCGGAGGGGAGAGAUGGUGAGGGCGGCAGGGAUGGGAAGGGAGAGAAGUGGAGGGAGAAUUUGAAGGGGAGUGUGUGGGAGAGAACAGAGUGCCGCAAGAAAGGGCAAGUCUUUUUUUUGGAUGGGAACAAUGCAGACAAGACAAGGAUAGAGGAUGCAGCUACUGAGAGGGCCAGAAAAAUGCUGAGACGGGUGGUGGGGGGAAGAGGAGGAAGAGAAACGGUGGCAAGGGUGAGGGGUGACGAUGGAAUGGGAGGAGGGGGAGUGGCAGAUGCUACAGCUGAUACAACUGUAACAGCUACCGCUGAAGCUGCCACAACCGCUACAAAUGCUACAGCUGAAGUAGCAGCACCGAAUGUACCAACCAAAGCCGCUGCAGCAGAUACGCCUGUUAAUACAAACCCCGUGGUUGCUGCUUUCACAUAUCGGGCCGCUUGCAUCUUGCGGUGGUUUAGGAUGUACGGCUCAGAUUUCAUCCCGGGUAAACAGUGCUUCAAGAAGAACACACAGGGGAAGGUCCGGCCCAUGCGCCACCCGCUUCGGGACCUUCCGAGCCUGCUGGUCAGGCUCGGCGCCAUCCCCAAGCCUCUGGACCAAAGCAGCAUUCCCUUGGAGUUGGAGGAGUGGCCUCGGGGCGAUGAAGCUGCAGGGAAGCUUCCCAAGGACCCGAGUGAGAGAUGCUUUUGCCCGGGGAUAGUGAAGGAGAGCGGAUUGAGAGAGGAGGGUGGGGGGAAGGCAUCUAAGCAGGCGAAUCCAGGAGGGAGGCAGGGAGGGACAACAAGGGCCAUGCGGGGGCGAGGGGGCAGAGGGGGUGGCAGGAGGGGUGGCAGGGGGGGUGGAAACAGAGGGGUUGACCGAGGGGUUGACGGGGUUGACUGGGGUAGUGGAAGUGGGGUGGGGAGGGGCGCAACACAUGGAGACGACUCACCGAGCUUCGCAGAGGCGCUGGAAGCUUCCGUGGCACCUCAAAACAAGAAAAUCCCCAUCGUUCGCUGCACUGCAGACGCCAAGUUUCUAGUGGACUUUGCCGAGCAUAUGGUGCUCCCACCAUCCUGCUCCCACUGCUCCAAGUGCUUCAGCACCUUCACCUACUACCUCCCGGCCCUCACUCUCAUCGCCACGUUUGCCUAUCAACCCGCCAGCGCCCUUUUCAACCGCUUUGUAUCGGUCUUUCCUCUGCACUCCCCUGAGUUCAACGACCUGGAGCGAGCAGAACAGCUGCCGGUGUUCUUUCUUCUGCUUGUGGCACUCAAAUGGCCGAAAGCAGUGCUGCAGAUAGAGGAGUUGAAGGGGGUGGGGAGGGAUGAGGAGAGCGGAGAGGGGAAUGGAGAGGGGUGCAGCGGGGCGGGGAAGGCCACAGGGAAGAGAGAAGCGAAGAGCGGGAGGAGGGGAGGACGGAGAGAUGGUGGUGGGGAAGUGGUGGGUGAGUGUGGGGAGGUUUGGGAAGAGGUGCGGUCAUGGUGUCUGGCAGCAAUGGUGGCUUGGCCGGCAAGCCUAAGACUGGUGGGGGCGGGGCUGGGGAAGCCUUGUGAGGGCAGCAAGCACCUGGGUGAGGGAGAGACGAGAUGGGGUCCCAAGAUGUGGGAGAGGGCUGUUGAGAUGCGGUAUCAAGAGGAUCAGGAGAAGUGGGGAGGGGCUGGCGGUGGUAUAAGAGCUGGAGCAGCAGGAGGAGCAGCAGCAGGAACAGCAGUAGCAGUGGGGGUAGUUGGUGGGGUUGGAGUGGUAGUAAGGGGAAGGGCAAGGAAGAGGAGGAGCCAGCUUACCUGA